UCUUUUUGCUCCUCACCUCCGUUUCCCUUUCCAAAUUCGAUCGUUACAUACCUGAACGAGCGUCAAUCGUCAUGCCGAGAGAGCCACCACGCAGGGUACUCAGGUCUUGUGCCUUGGACUGGACUGAUGUUGCUUCGCAGAAUCAGUCGAGGCUCAUGGCUAUGCCAGCUGAGAUUCGCAACAAGAUAUGGAAGAGCUUCUUUUCCCACGUGGCACGCCCGCGCUUGCGGUACGCGUGCGAUAUGGGAAGCGGCAUUGAAUCGGACUCACGUUUCGAAAUCGCCUGGAUCUACGCCAGCAAGCGGCUUUACCUGGAAGCCUGGCCCGUCUUCCUAGCUCAGGUGCGUCUCGACGUGGUGUACAUGAGCCACUCGCCGGGGCAAUUGGCUAUUCUACCCCCUCCGAUCCUUCGAAGAGAGCUUCGCGAGAUAUGCUUCCACUGCCCAGUAUCGGCAUUGGCAGAGCGACCACCGAGGCGGCCAUUCCCUUUCCAUAGGUUCCCGCGCUUGAGCACCUUCAGCGUCUCCAGCAAUAUCUCGAUUCCUCUUGAUAGAUUCCGGUGCAAAGAUAGCAACGAGCCUAUGACUGUGGACGUGUAUCGAGGGCUUUCGCCUCAGGAAAGGCUGGCCGCAUGGAAAGACGCCGGCCUGCCAUCCGUGGACGAGAUCAUGGAGCACAUGACCAGCAUGGGCAGGGGCGGCUGGAUAAGCCGUGUCGUAGAUCCAAAGAACUUCACGCGCCCGCUCGUACUGGAUCCAGACUCGGAUGAUGAGAACGACGACGAGGAUUGGCAGACAGCAGAGGAGCCACCCUGUUCGGAGGACGAAGAGAUGGGAUGUUUCUAUCGGGCCAGCCGCGAAAGCCGAUCGGCGGAGUGGUUGGAGGCUAAAGAGGCCAGGGACCUUGAGGCGUUUCGGAAAGUUACCGCUCAGAUGCACACCUUCGUUGAGGCUGAACUGAGGCUCUUCAAAUGGAAGGUCCAACCCAUAUACGGCGAUCCGCUGGAUACACUUUUCGUUCUUAUAGACACGAGGACGCGAAAGAUUCUGGAAGUGCGUAUGUUGGAUGAAGAAGAGAUCGAGGAGAGGGCUCGGUGGGCCGCGGAAGCGACGUGAUUUAUUACGAAGUAUGGGCAUGGGCAUUGGGCAUUGAUGGCUUCUCAAGCCCAAGCGGAACCGGUUGCUCCUCGGUGACCAGACAUCUUCUGCUGCUGCAACGUGUCGGAGAUAUCCCAUUGCUUUCCUAGUCUGUCUGUUACUUUGGUCCGCUUUUUGGAAGCUCGUACUCCGAUUCAAAUCGGAG